UAACUUCAUGUCGCUGUCGUAUAUUAUGGUACACAGUUUGUUUAUUAUUGCACUAAGAUGUUUACUGCCGCAUCACAUGUAAACAACGGCAAGUAUUAAACGCCUAGAAGGGCAUUAAAUACCACACUUAUUAAUCGGUAUGUAAAACAUUCAUUUUACGGCGUGGCGAUAGUGACUUUAUUUAUAUAUAUUCAAUACCUACUUGUACAUAUAAUACUAUUACCUACGUAAACGAACACAUGUAAAAAUUAGUUAAAAAAAGAUAGUUCGUUUAGCAAUGUCUGUGAUAAAGUAAAACGAAAAUGAGCCAUCUCACGCCGUUCCGUAUGAACGUCCCCAAUUUGGGGGGCGAAUUAUCUGCUGGUCCACCGAACCCUAAGAAACGAAGGAAAAAUGUUCAACCAUCUAUACAGACUCCUCCAAACGUUCAAGAUCUCUUACCUCCACCUUUAUCUGGUUACGGCGACACUAUUGUUGCAUCAAAUCCAUUUGAUGAUUGUCCCAGCACUGUUAAUUCCUCCAAUGUUGUUAGAAAUUCACCAAGUAUGGCAAUGGGAAUGGGUAUGAUGCCUAAUAUGAUGUGUAGACCUAUGGGUCCACAAAUGGGUUCCCCAAUAUUAUCAAGUCCUAAUGCACAUCAGAAUCCUCACAUGAUGUCUAAUCCAAUGGUAAUGAACGGACCAAGAUUAAAUGGACCUAUGGGUAAUCAUAUAGCUCCACAUAUGAUGAAUAGUCCAAACGGUCCAAUGCAUCAAAUUGCAGGUCCGAUGCAUAGUCCUAUAAAUAAUAUGGGUUCUGGCAUGCAGAGUCAAAUGAUGCCUGGUCCAGGUGUAGGAAAUGGUCCGAUAAGUGGUCCAAUGUCGAGUCCUAUGGGAAAUAUGAAUAAUGGUUCAAUGCCAGGACCUAUGAAUGGAAUGAAUCCGCAAAUGAAUGGUCCAAUGCCUGGACCGAUGGGUAUGAAUGCUCCGAAUGGACCUAUGGGUGGACCAAUGAAUAAUAAUUUUAUGAUGACUCCAAUGAAUAACAUGUACUCAAAACCAAUGCCAGUUAGCGCGGGAAAAGUUUACCCCGCCGAUCAACCCAUGGUUUUUAAUUCACAAAAUCCAAACGCACCGCCGAUUUAUCCAUGCGGAAUAUGUCAUAAAGAGGUGCACGACAAUGAUCAAGCGAUUUUGUGCGAAAGUGGUUGCAAUUUCUGGUUUCACAGGGGUUGUACAGGUUUAACAGAAACAGCAUUUCAAUUUUUAACGGCGGAAGUGUACGCGGAAUGGGUGUGCGAUAAAUGUCUGGCUUCCAAAAAUAUACCUUUAGUAAAGUUUAAACCUUAGCAGGCGACGAAAUGUUAACAAAAAACGAAAAAAAAUUACAAAAAAAAUGAUUUAUAAAAAAAAUAUUAAGCAAGCAAAA